ACCUUGUGUCCUUUUUAUUUGACAUUGAAACAAAAUAUUUUUAUAAGGGUGCAUGCGGCUUGGGUGUGUAGGCCUCAUACAAGUCCCGUAGAUACUUGCACUGUUAACCAGGAACGUGUACAAAUCUAAGCAGUGAGUUAUAACCAAGAUGUCUUCAUUAAUUAAGUGUGCCAAAGUUGCAGUUGCCACAACAAAGUUCAAUAGAUCCCAUCUGUCCAGAUCAAUUUUCACUCUAAAACCAUUCGUUUGGUUGGAGAGUAAUGUCAAUGUAUUGGGAACAAGUCAUUGUAAGAACAACUGGAGAGACACUGUAAAUGUACAGACUUCAAACUUAACAGGCAACCAUCUUCAUACAAGGCAGAUUUCACUCUCAGCUGUUCACAUGUAUGAAGCGGCGCUACGACCAGAGCAGCAAAGGUUACAGUCUGAUGUCAAACCUGAUGCUGUCGACAUUUUUAAGACAGCUAUUCGUGCUGUCUGUCCCAGAGCAAUGAUAGAAAAUGUGCUAAAGUACAAUAGUGUUACAAGAGUACUCAAAGUCAAGGACAAGAUCUACCCACUGAACAAGAAUGUCCAUCUGGUGGGUUUUGGCAAGGCUGUCCUGGGGAUGGCCAGAGCGGUUGAGGACAUACUUGGUGGCCAGCUAGUGGACGGAAUUAUCAGCAUACCGUUAGGGAUGCAAAAGGAAAUGAGUAACUACAGUGAAAUGUGCUUAGCGUCCAAUUCCAAAAUAACAGUAUUUGAAGGAGCUGCUAAUAAUGAAGUCGAUGAAAACUCCUUUGCUGCAGCCAAGGCUAUCCAGCAGCUAGUCUCAAAUCUAUCUGAAACAGAUUUACUUAUUGUACUGUUGUCUGGUGGAGGUUCUACACUUUGCCCUUCACCCCAUCCCUCCAUGACACUGAGUGACAUCUAUGAAAUGAACAGACUGUUGUCAAGAAAUGGAGCCACUAUGAAAGAGAUUAACACCAUCAGAAAAAAUAUUGAAGUCCUUAAAGGUGGAGGACUUGCCCUGGCUGCCAAGCCUGCUAAGGUGGUUUCCUUGAUUUUAUCUUCUGUUAUAGAAGAAGACCCAGUGGAUUUGAUUGCUAGUGGCCCUACUUAUCCUACACAGCCCACCCCCCACCACUGCAUUGAAAUUUUGGUCAGGCUUGGAAUCAAAGAUAAAGCACCAGAAAGAGUUAGAAAAUUCUUGGAAAAAGAGGUUAAACAGCUGGACUUGGUUCAAGCUAAAGCUGCACAUAAAUCCACUCAAAAGAAAGCUCAACAAGACAUGAUCUUGGAUGGUGUGCAGAAUGUUAUUGUGGGAGAUAACUCCAUUGCUUGUAAAGCUGCAGCAAGUCGGGCAGCUGAACUGGGUUAUCUACCUUUGGUUGUAACAACUGAGUUGACUGGAGUGGCCAGAGACGUGGGAGCAUUGUACACAAAACUGGCCAAGUUUGUUAUGAUUUGCUAUGACAGAAAAGCAUCUUCAGAGCCUAACUCAGAGUUAACUUCUUUGGAGCUGCAACUAGUUGGCAAAGGGAUCAAGAAAAAGUGGAUUAAUGACAUAGCUAAUGCAGUUGACAUGGCUCACAACAUGAACAAAGACAUCUGUAUAAUCAUAGGUGGGGAGACUGUUGUUCAGGUGAAUGGUUCAGGGGUGGGGGGCAGGUGCCUGGAGACAGCUUUGUCCGCAGCUAUACAAAUGGAUGAAGAGUUUCGGGUCAACAAGCUGAAUGUAGCUGAGCCCCAUAUGUGCCUCCUGUGUGCUGACUCCGACGGCCAUGAUGGGGUCACUCAAAUGGCUGGAGCUGUUGUUGACCAGGACUUUUUAGCUGAGGUGGAGAGAAGCUCCCUGGACAUGAAGGCUCACCUCAAUAACAACGACUCCUUUACUUUAUUUAACAAGAUUAAUAAUGGUAGCAAUCUGAUUAAUACAAAUCUCACCGGCACGAAUAUAAUGAACCUCUUGGUUAUCAUUGUACAGAAACCAAGAGAGGUCAAGUAUCAAUAUAUUUAAAAACAUUACCCAUUUGCUUCAGGCUAGAGAAGUGAAGAAGAAAAUGGCAAAUUUUUUAUCGUCAUUUUUUAAGAAUUAAAAAAAAAAAAUUAUAAGUGGCUAUGUAGAUUCUAUGUCUUUGUUAAAAUCUUUUGGGUAGUUGUAGUCUUUUAUCUACAACCAGUGGCUUAUUCACGGGUGAUAUAAAGAAAAAUGUUACAAAAAUAUAUUCUUCCCUGGAUUUUUGUUUACAAUAUUUAUCUAAUGAUAAAUAGAAAAUAAAUGUGUUUUCCAUGACCUAUUCAUUUUGUUUUAGACAUUUUUGAUACCACUUUAUUUUAGUGUUACAUUUUUUAAUGCUGAAGCUUACUUAUUUUUGUGAUACAGCAGAUGGGCUAUAUUUUGCCACAAUUUUUUAUUUUUGUGAACAAAAUAAAGACAGAAAGAUUUAAUGUCAUGUGUUAUUAUGCAGGAUUGAGCUUUAAGAUGCUGAAUGAUUCUUUACAAACUUUGUUUUGUUUCAUUCUCCCUAAGUGUAGCAGAUGAGGUGUAAAAAAAUUCAGCAUUCACAUCAUAAAGCUUUUGCUUUAAAUUGUCCAUACUGUAAUUAUGUUUAUUGUUAAUGUGAUCUAUUGCUAAUCUGAACAAAUUUAUCAUAAUUCAUGUUGAAGACUUUUUGUCUGCCCUGUACAGGUAUCCUUUUACAGAGCCGUACAUAUUUAUGCUCAAACAUUCAAGUCUUUUUUAAUCACUUUACAUAAUGAGAUUACAUAAUUAUAUCUUUUUAGAUUAAUUAUUUCUGUGUCAGAUGUUAUAUCAUUAUAUAUUUACAUGCUGGCUGAUAUACUCCAGAAUAAAUUUUAGUAUAUAAAAUUUGUAUUUUAUCUGUAAUGUCCAAUA